AUGACAAAUACAUCGUCCAUGCCAAUCAUGCACAACCCGCAGUUUCAGAUAAUAUCAGACCUGCAUCUCGAAGCGCCAAUACAAACACCCUCCUACUCUUACUUGUCUACACCCGCCAACUUCCCACUGCUUGCAUCCAACCUCUUCCUACUAGGUGACAUCGGCCUCGUGUUCCAUUCUCAACCUCUGCUCGCCUUCCUGCGCUCCCUUCUCAGCAGAGACAGCAAAUUGAAAAUAUAUUAUGUCAUGGGGAAUCAUGAGCCGUACCAUAUGACGGUAGAGAAUGCCGUGAAAAAGAUGGAACAGUGGGAGGAGAUGCUUAAUAAGGAGUUUGGGCAACGAUUCUACUUUCUCAACCGCAGGAGAGUCGACCUUGACGCCCAGACGACUAUCUUGGGAUGUAUACUCUGGACUUGCGUGCCGGAUGAACACGCACAGGAAGUAGCGAGAACGCUGAAUGAUUUGUCAGACGAGAACGGGAUCUGGGACAGAAGUUUAGAUGACCAUAAUGCGGAUCACAAGAGGGAUCUGAUGUGGUUAAACGAGCAAGUCGAGUCGAUUGAGGAGGAGCCGCAUAGGGAGGUGGUGAUUUUGACACAUCACUCACCUACCACUGAUCCCCGUGCAAACGACAGACGCUUUCCACCCGAGAGAUCACUAAAUAGCGGAUUUCGUACCGAUCUAAGGAAGGAGGCGUGUUGGACGAGCCGCAAGGUGAAGCUCUGGGGGUUUGGGCAUACGCAUUUUAGCUGCCAGCUCACCGACGAGGAAGAGGGGAGAAGGAAGUUGGUCGUUGCGAACCAAAAAGGCUACGCAAAGCCCGAAGGCAAGGGCAGCUGGGAGGCGAAGCCAGUAGUUGUUGGGAGGGAAGAGGGGGUGUGGAAGGUGGUUGUUGGCGAGAAGAAAGCCAGUUGA